GCGAGUCCUUGAACGCAGCAUUUAUUCCAGUGGGACGGGCUUCCGGAAGGAGGUCAUCACAAACAUGGCGUGGAGAGGAUGUGUAUUAAAAUGGGUAAACACAGAGUUAAUCAGAUCCACCAACACGACUUUACGAAGCUCCAGAGAGAUCCCACACUACCAACAGAGGUACGGUUUCCGUCAGGAAGCCAAACGGCCGGAUACAAAGAAAGGAAAUGUUGUCCAAAAAACUAAAGUUUCUCCCUCGGAGGCUGGCACUCAAUCUCUCCCACCUCCUCCCAAAGUCCCCCGGCCGUCACUCUUUAAACCGCUGAUGUUCACAGUAGGGUUUACAGGCUGCUCAUUUGGUGCCGCGGCUAUCCUGCAAUACGAGACCCUGAGGUCAUUAGUCAGGACUGCACAAGAUGAAGAAAAGUCCGAAAAAUUCUCACAGGAUAUGACGUACUGGCAUGACUGGUGGAACAAGCUGUCAGGCUUCCAGCGGCAGCUCAUCCUCCUCGUGUCCAUGGUGGAUGACUUCUGGAGCAGUCUCUCAAAGGGACAGAAGACUGUAACAGGCAUCAUUGCACUGAAUGCUGUAGUCCUGUGUUGCUGGCGAAUCCCUGUGAUGCAAAGAAGUAUGGUUAAGUACUUCACGUCCAAUCCAGCCGCCAAAACACGGUGCCUGCCUAUGGUCCUGUCCACCUUCAGCCACUACUCCAUUUUCCAUAUGGCGGCCAACAUGUCUGUCCUGUGGAUAUUCUCAUCACAAAUCGUUGCCAUCUUAGGAUGGGAGCAGUUUCUCGCAUUCUAUUUAUCGGCUGGUGUGAUUUCCAAUAUGGUCAGCUACACAUGUAAAACUGCAACUAGAAGUCUGCAUCCAUCAUUAGGAGCGUCAGGUGCUGUGAUGGCAGUACUGGCUGCAGUCUGCACAAAAGUGCCAGAGGCCAAACUAGGAAUAAUCCUCCUCCCCAUGGUGGCUGUCACUGCAGGAAACGUUCUGAAAGCGCUGAUCGCCAUGGAUACAGCAGGGCUCGUCCUGGGAUGGCGGAUGUUUGACCACGCAGCUCACCUUGGUGGAGCCCUCUUUGGAGUAUGGUAUGUGACAUACGGUCACAAACUGAUCUGUAGGAAGCAAAAGCCUCUGGUGAAGCUGUGGCAUGAAGCACGUUCUCCAGGUGCCGGUGGAUCCAGGUCAGGAGGAGGGCCUGGGGUCAAUGGUGGACCUGGACCAAAAUGAGACUCUGCAAGAUCUCUGUUCCUUUAAAAAUAAAAACUGGAGUCCACAGUUACCCAAGGAUAUGCAAAGACA